UAAAAUUGUGAAAGAUCAGAAUCAAUUCAACUGGGAGAUGAAGAAAGGAAUUCACCCUCAGCUGCAAUGGAUAUCUUACGUAACACAGACUGGUCGACUGGUUCCUGUAAUGAUGACUAAGAUUCACCAGGUUGGUAAAGUGUACCACAUUAGGGCAAGGCGUCAGAUGGCUGAAAGCGUGGGUCAGAUUGCCAGGUUUAAGCGCCGCUAUGGGAAAGUAGAAGAGGAAAAGAAACCGUCAAAGUAAACCUCCAGUUUGUUUUAAGUUGAUAUUUCAACUACUGUGCUUUCAGAAUUUUAGCUUCAUUUGGUCAAAAUCCAAAGAGAUUCUGGUGUCUUGGAUAUAUUUAGCUUGUCAGUACGUUAAAUAUUAUAUUUUUGUGGAACUUACCUUUCAU